GAAACACCGGGUCCGGGGAGACAGCUGCAACCGAAACACCGGGUCCGGGGAGCAGUAAACGAGGAGACCCCAGGCUGAGCGCUAUCCGACCAUAAGAGAAGUAGCGAUGGCGAGCCCAAGGACCAGGAAGGUGCUGAAGGAAGUCCGAGUUCAGGAUGAAAACAACACCUGCUUUGAAUGUGGAGCUUUUAACCCUCAGUGGGUCAGCGUGACCUACGGAAUCUGGAUAUGUCUGGAGUGCUCCGGGAAACACCGAGGACUUGGAGUUCAUCUCAGUUUCGUGCGUUCUGUGACAAUGGACAAGUGGAAGGAUGUCGAACUGGAGAAGAUGAAGGUCGGAGGUAAUGGAAAGUUCCGACAGUUCUUGGAGUCGCAGGAUGACUAUGACCCAUGCUGGACCUUACAGGAAAAGUACAAUAGCAGGGCUGCUGCUUUAUAUCGUGACCGGGUUGCUACGUUGUCUGAAGGACGGGAAUGGUCUGUGGAGACCUCACAGGCUCGGAAUUGGACUCCCCCUCAGCCAAAGAUCCUGGGUGGUUCCUCUCACCGCUCGGCCGUAGGAUCUGGCCAGACGGGGGUGUCAUCAGGCGAUAAAGCUUUCGAGGACUGGCUGAACGAUGAUGUGAAUUCCUAUCAGAGUGGCGGAGGUACUGGGGGCCAGGAGAACAGAUAUGUGGGAUUUGGGAACACAGUCAAUCCCCCGAAAAAGGAAGAAGAUUUUCUGAACAACGCAAUGACUUCUUUAUACUCGGGUUGGAGCAGUUUCACAGUCGGGGCCAGUAAAUUUGCGUCUGCGGCCAAGGAGAGCGCAACCAAAUUGGGAUCCCAGGCAUCACAAAAGGCCUCUGAGAUAGGUCAGACCCUUAAUGAAACUGUUGUCAAACCAGCCCAAGAGAAGGUGAAAGAAGGGCGAAUCUUGGAAGACGUCUCCAGUGGAGUAUCCCAGCUGGCAGCCAAGGUGCAGGGAGCUGGUACUAAAAGCUGGAAGGAUGUUACUACAUUCUUCUCUGGCAGGAGUGAAGAUACAGAUGGCUCUGCCCCAGGCGACGGCUUCCAGCAGACAAGUGGUGACGGCUACCAGAACGCUGGACCCCCCAAGAACUUCUGGGAAACAUUCGGUAGCUCUGAGGACGUCCAAAAACCUUCCAAAUCUCCGAGUGGGGACAGCUGGACCUUCCCGGAGAACUCCACCGGGCGGAAGAGCUCCGACAGCUGGGAGGUUUGGGGCUCCGGAACCACCUCCAACAACAAGAACAGCAACAGUGACAGCUGGGAAAAUUGGGACAGUCACUGGGAGGGCGCGGAGGGUAAAGGCAAGAAAGGCCAAGCACCGGCCACCGAUCCUGGGUGGGAAGACGCUAACUGGUAGGGUUGGGGGAGCUUGACUGAGCCAGACAGGGGUAUGAGGGCAGGAGUCCCAGCUUCUAGUUGCCCGAACAGUCCUUGACCAUUCUCCAUUAUAUGUAAGCAGAGAGGUCCCUGUGCCAAUGGAUCUAGAGGUGGGAAAUUUGCUUGGCUGUACGUUUCCCCCAGGGGGUGCCAUGGUCCUGCGGACCUUUCCCAAUAUGUCUAAAGUCUG